AUGAGUCGGAAGAUAGAAUUUGAGAUCAAAAGCAGAAAAUGCAUCAAACCUUCAACAUCAACUCCUCCACACCUUAAAACCUUCAAACUGUCUCUACUAGACCAGCUUUCCCCUAAUAUUCAUGGCAACAUGACCCUCUUCUACCCUUACAAUCAUGCUUCUGAAUCAUUCUCCACCAAAUCCCAACUUCUUCAAAAUUCCCUCUCCCAAACGUUAACCCUUUUCUACCCUUUUGCAGGACGCCUCAAAGAUGCCUCCACCAUUCAUUGCAAUGACGAAGGUGCCUUUUUCAUCGAAGCUCAAACCGAAACCUCUCUCUCCGACAUCCUCGUCAACCCAGAUUUCGACACACUCGAAUGCUUCCUCCCCACCACCGACAACGAAACCAUGACAAUGUCGAACGGUUCCAUGCUCCUCGUCCGCUUCACCUUGUUCCGUUGCGGUGGCACCGCCCUAAGCAUCUCCCUCACCCACAAGAUCGCCGAUAUAGCAGCCUUGAUCACACUCCUCAAAACCUGGACCGCCGCGUGUGACGGUGCCACCGAAACGGUGGUUCCUGAACUGGCCACCGGUGCAACUCUCUUUCCUCCUAGAGAUAUUCCCGGCAUGUCAGCUUCUGUAAACACCGUUAGCUCCGAGAAGUUCACAACCAGAAGGUUCGUUUUCGUCGCGUCCAAGGUUGAAGAGCUCAAGGACAGAGUCAAAACCGCACUCGAUGAAGGCACGAUGUUUUAUCCGUCGAGGGUGGAGGUGGUGCUCGCCCUCAUUUGGAAAUGUGCUUUGUCAGCUUCUAGUUCCAAAACGACGUCGUUUAAGCCUUCGGCUUUGUUCCAAGCCGUGAACCUCCGUCCCCGGAUGGACCCGCCAGUUCCGGACACCGCUGUCGGGAACUUCGUGUGGCCAUUCGCGGUGACGGUGGAGGAGGAUAGCCACGUGGAGUUGCAUGAGUUGGUGAAGAGGAUGAGGAAGGGUAUGAGGGAGUUUCUUGAUAGAAAGGCAGAGAAGUUCAAAGAGGAAGGUGCAUUUGGUGUGGUGAUGGAGACUUUGAAAGAAAGGGGUGAAAUUUUGAAGAAGAAGGACAAUACAAAUACAAGUGUGGUUUAUAAGUGUUCAAGUUGGUGUAAGUUUCCAUUGCUUGAAACUGAUUUUGGGUGGGGGAAGCCUGUGUGGAUGUCAAGUGUGAAUAAGUUUGGGAGUAAUACAAUUGCCUUGAUGGAUACUAAGGAUGGUGGAGUUGAAGCUUUUGUGACUCUUGAUUUCAAAGAGAUGCUUUUAUUUGAACAAGAUCACCAGCUCCUACGUUAUGCUAUGCUUAAUCCUAGUGUUUUGUAA